AUGACAAUCACUAUCACUGUUGAGAAGGAUGGCUUCUAUGAAGUCAAUGGAAUGCGCCAUGAGCCUAGUGUCUCUCUUUAUGUCAUUCCCGCUGCGUCUAAGCUGCGUCGAAUGCUGAAGGACUCCAAGGACCUCAUUAUCUGCCCAGGAGUGUACGAUGGUCUGUCUGCUCGAAUUGCCAUGGAGCUAGGCUUCAAAAGCAUGUAUAUGACUGGUGCCGGUACAACUGCUUCACGACUUGGAAUGGCGGAUCUGGGUCUAGCUCAGCUUCAUGAUAUGAGAACCAAUGCGGAGAUGAUUGCCAACCUUGACCCAUUUGGUCCUCCUCUUAUUGCAGACAUGGAUACCGGUUAUGGAGGGCCUCUGAUGGUGGCCAAGUCCGUGCAGCAGUACAUUCAGGCUGGCGUGGCUGGAUUCCAUAUCGAGGACCAGAUCCAGAAUAAACGAUGUGGCCACCUUGCCGGAAAGAAGGUAGUGGGCCGUGAAGAGUACCUGACGCGAAUCCGGGCGGCCAAGUUGACCAAAGAUCACUUGCACUCGGAUAUUGUCCUCAUCGCAAGGACUGAUGCCCUCCAACAACAUGGCUAUGAGGAAUGCAUCGCCCGCUUGAAAGCAGCGCGAGACAUUGGGGCAGAUGUAGGUCUUUUGGAAGGGUUUACAUCGAAGGAGCAGGCGCGCCAGACAGUGCAGGAUCUUGCCCCCUGGCCUCUUCUCCUCAACAUGGUAGAAAACGGUGCCACUCCAGUGAUUACCACCAAGGAGGCGGAAGAGAUGGGAUUCCGAAUCAUGAUCUUCUCAUUCGCUUCUCUUGCCCCGGCUUACAUGGGCAUUCGGUCGGCUUUGGAGCGCCUGAAGACUGACGGGGUGGUCGGAACGCCCGAUGGGCUUGGACCUCGUAAGUUGUUUGAGAUAUGCGGACUUAUGGAGUCUAUGAAGGUGGAUACAGAGGCAGGAGGCGAUGGCUUUGUGGACGGUGUCUAG